UUCAAGAUUCCAAGUUCGACGGGUCUCCAAAUGAAUGCGAGAUUUUAAAGAAAUUUUCUCAACUCUCAAGCAUAGGCAUCCAAAAACGUUCAAUUUGAUACUCCAGAAAAACCAGACUUAGUGGUAAACUUUUUCAAGAGCAGUGGCUUCUCAAAAUCCCAAAUCUCAGACAUCAUCAGAAAAGAGCCAAUACUGCUUUUGUACAGGCAUGAGAAAAUCCUUUUGCCAAAAUUUGAGUUUUUUCACUCCAAAGGCUUUUCAAGUCAUGAUCUUGCAAAACUUGUGUGUCGGCACCCUAUCAUCUUACGAAGGAGCUUAAAAAACACGUUAAUCCCUUCCUUUCAUUACCUUAGUAACUUGCUUCAAUGUAAUGAAAAGGCUAUUGCUGCUAUUAAAAUCUCUCCACACAUUCUUGUUCGUGAUCUUAAAAAAAGGAUUGCACCUAAAGUCAGUUAUUUGCGAGAUAAUGGUGUGCCUGAAUCGAGUAUUGUAUUGUUAUUUAGUAAUUGGACUCACAUACUUACAAAUGACUGUGGUCGGUUCGAAGAGACUGUGGACUUGGUAAAGAAAAUGGGUAUAAAUCCUAAAAAGUCAAGAUUUGUUACUGCUAUUAUUACAAUGUUGGUAAAUCCCAAAUCUUACUGGGAUAAGAAGAUUGAUGUUUACAAGAGGUGGGGUUGGUCUGAGGAAGAGAUUCUUACGACAUUUCGAAAGAAUCCUUGGUGUAUGAUGACAUCUGUGGAUAAGAUUAUGGGAGUGAUGGACCAGCUUGUAAACAAAAUGGGUUGGGAGCCUUCUGUCAUCAUGAAGCAGUCAAUUCUUCUUUCACUUAGCUUGGAGAAGAGAAUAAUUCCUCGUGCUUCAGUUCUUCAAUAUCUGUCAUCCACAGGUUUGCUUAAGAAUAAUCCUUAUAACCCGGUUACAUCAUUUCGACUUCCUGAAGAAACCUUCUUGCAGAGGUUUGUGAAUCGUUAUGACGAAGCACCCCAGUUAAUGAAGCUAUACAGAGAAGCUGGAUCUUUCAAAGAUGGCAGAGAGAAAGGAAGGCAGCAUUUGUAAUAUGUUGACAUCAGAAUGAUAAGAGUGUUACUUGAUCUAGUUAAAUUCAUUGUAUUCAUAUUGGCUUUACUUUUAGUCAAAAAGAGCAUCUACCUCUAGUCCAGAUUAGUUUUUGAGUCAUUUGCAAUUUUUGUUUUCUUCUUGUGACAUGUUGUCACUUGACUAAAGCACAGGCUCUGUAAUGUGAUGUAUAAUCAUGUAUCAAACUGUGAUCUCUGGCUUUGUUUAGUCUUGUUACAACUCUGCAACUAGUUACCUUUGGUUGAUAUUAA